GGCGGGAGAGAGGGAAAGGCUGGAAAACGAGGAUGCUUCACAGUGAGAAGACGGCUGCUGCGCGAUGGCCGUUUUCAACACUCCCGAGGAGGCCUUCGGGGCCUUGCGCCCGGUCUGUGUUCAGCUCACAAAGACGCAGACGGUGGAGACCGUAGAGCGCCUGCGCGCGCAACUGCAGGCAGUGAGCGACUCGGCCCUUCAGGAGCUCCAGCAGUACGUCCUCUUCCCACUGCGGUUCGCGCUGAAGACGCCGGGCCCCAAGAGAGAGCGCUUGAUCCAGAGCGUGGUGGAAUGCCUCACGUUCGUCCUCUCUUCCACCUGCGUGAGGGAACGAGAGCUUCUCCAGGAGCUCUUCUCUGAGCUCUCCGCGUGCCUGUAUUCGCCUGGCACCCGGCAACCCGCAGCUGUGUCCGAGGAGCUGAAGCUGGCCGUGAUCCAGGGCCUCAGCACGCUGAUGCACUCGGCUUACGGGGACACCAUCCUGGCUUUUUAUGAGCCCUCCAUCCUGCCUCGGUUAGGAUUUGCCGUAUCUUUACUGUUGGACCUCGCAGAACAGGAGAAAUCCAAGCAAAUUAAAGUUGCUGCCUUAAAAUGUCUGCAGGUUCUCCUCUUCCAGUGCGACUGUCAGGACCACCCGAGGUCCCUGGGUGAGCCUGAACAGAAACAGCUGGGGGAUUUGUUUGCUUCUUUUUUACCUGGAAUCUCAAUGGCACUGACCCGGGUGAUCACGGGAGACUUUAAGCAAGGGCACAGCAUUGUCGUGUCUUCCCUAAAGAUCUUUUACGAGACAGUGAGUUUCAUUAUGGCUGACGAACAGCUCGAAAGGACCUCGGACGCCGGACAGAAGCCUGCCUCCGUGGAGCCCAGAGUCGCAGAGCUGAUGGUUCACAGGGAAGCCAAGUGGGUAAAAAACACCAGCGACAAACUGACCGUCCUUAUUAAAAAGAUAACUGAGUGUGUUUCCGUGCACCCACACUGGAAGGUGAGGCUAGCCCUGACAGAACUCGUUGAGGCCCUUCUCUUAAAAUGCAGUCAGUCCCUGGUCGGCUCAGCUGGACCCCUUCUGAAGGCUUUGGUGGGUCUAGUAAAUGAUGAGAGUCCCGAGGUCCAAGCCCAGUGCAGUAAAGUUCUGAGACAUUUCGCAGAUCGGAAAGUAGUGGUCGGCAACAGAGCCUUUGCGGACAUCUUGUCAGAAAACCUCCAUUCCCUCGCCACGUCUCUGCCCCGCCUCAUGAACUCCCAGGACGAUCAGGGCAAAUUCUCUACUCUCUCCCUGUUACUCGGUUAUCUGAAACUCCUGGGCCCCAAAGUGAACUUCGUCCUCCGCUCUGCAGCCCAUCUUCAGCGCCUUUCCAAAGCGCUCAUCCAAGUGCUGGAAUUGGACGUGGCCGACAUCAAGGUCGUCGAAGAGCGGCGCCGGCCUUCUGGUGGUCUGAGCUCGUCCCCAGAGAGCGCGGCUCUGAUGCAGAGGAGGUACUUCCGCUUCUUCACCGACGAGAGGCUUUUCCUGCUUUUGCAGCAGCUGUGUCGGCUCCUCGGGUUUUAUGGGGACCUCUAUCUGCUCGUCGAUCACUUUAUGGAGCUCUACCACGAGUCCGUGGUUUACCGGAAGCAAGCCGCCAUGAUCCUGAAUGAGCUGGUUGUGGGGGCUGCUGGGCUGGAGGUGGAGAAUCUUCACGAAAACCACAUUAAAACAAGCCCGGAGGAACUGAAAGAGAUUGUGACCACUAUACUUGAAGAAUACACGAGCCAAGAAAACUGGUAUUUGGUCACCUGUAUCGAAUCUGAGGAAGGGGGAGAGGCGCUAACAAUGAAGCAGUCAGGCCUCCAGGCCAUCACAUCUGCUGCACACCCCUGCCAAGUCACAUCUUUCCCAGCCUUCUCAAAGCCAGGUCCCACUAUCUGCUCCAUGAAUAGCAACAUCUGGCAAAUAUGCAUCCAGUUGGAAGGGAUCGGCCGCUUUGCAUAUGCACUAGGAAAAGACUUCCGUCUGCUCUUGAUGUCAGCCCUCUAUCCAGUCCUGGAGAAGGCCGGGGACCAAACCCUGCUCAUCAGUCAGGCAGCUACCGGCGCCAUGAUGGACAUUUGCCACGCCUGUGGCUACGACUCUCCGCAGCACCUAAUCAGUCAAAAUUCGGACUAUUUGGUGAAUGGGAUCUCUUUAAAUCUGCGUCAUCUGUCUCUGCACCCCCAUACCCCAAAGGUCUUGGAAGUCAUGCUGUGGGACUCGGAUGCUAGCCUGCUUCCUUUGGUGGUAGAUGUGGUUCAGGACGUCUUGGCCACUCUGGACCAGUUUUAUGAUAAGAGAGCUACUUCCUUUGUGGGCGUCCUCCAUGCCUUGCUGGCAGCAUUAGCCCAGUGGUUCCCAGACACAGGUGAUCUCGGGCAACCCCAAGAGCAGAGUGCAGGGGAGGAGGGAAGUCAUUUGAGCCAAAGACCAGUAGCUCCUGAGAAUACCACCACAGCAGAAGACAUUGAACAAUUUUUGCUGAACUACCUCAAAGAAAAGGAUGUGGCAGAUGGAAAUGUCUCAGAUUUUGAUAAUGAAGAAGAGGAGCAGUCAGAGCCUCCAAAGGUAGACGAGAGUGACACUGGUCCUGAUGUGGAGCCCCCGCCGCCAGUGCAGAUCCAGAUAGCCAAAGAUGUGAUGGAGCGCUGCAUCCACCUGCUGUCCGAUAAGAACCUGAUGAUCCGCUUGAAGGUCUUGGAUGUGCUGGAUUUGUGUGUGGUUGUGCUUCAGUCCCACAAGAACCAGCUCCUUCCCUUGGCUCACCGGGCCUGGCCCUCGCUCGUGCGCCGACUCACCAGUGACGACCCCCUGGUGGUGCUCAGGGCCUUCAAGGUCUUGCGUACCCUGGGAGGCAAGUGUGGCGACUUUCUGAGGAGCCGAUUCUGCAAAGACAUCCUGCCCCAGCUGGCCGGCUCCUUAGUCACCCAGGCUCCCGUCAGCGCCCGGGCCGGACCGGUGUACACACACAUGCUGGCCUUCAAGCUACAGCUAGCCGUUCUGCAGGGCCUGGGCCCCCUCUGCGAAAGACUGGACCUCGGUGAGGGUGACCUGAAUAAAGUGGCUGAUGCCUGCUUGAUUUACCUCAGCGUCAAACAGCCCGUGAAAUUACAAGAGGCUGCCAGGAGGGUUUUCCUCCACCUGAUGAAGGUGGACCCGGACUGCAUCUGGUUUCUCCUGAACGAACUUUACUGCCCCGAGCAGCUCACACCUCCCCACCCAAGCCUCCCCCCGGUGCAGCUGCGGGGGACUGCCGGGCAGGGGAACCCCUACGCAGCCAAUGUGCUCCGCCUGCUCCAGGAGCUGCAGUGACACCCCCCUCCCACGCACACCUGGGUGCAGCCGGAUGGUAGCUCCGUCCUGCAGGCGGGGAAGACCCCACCCUGGCCCCAGGCUGUGGCGGAGAAGACUGUGACAGUGGAUCCGACAGCCAAUCGAUUAAUAAAUUGAUCGAUCACACAACUGCUUAGAAACUGGAUGGAAGGAAAGUAGCUGACUGUUAUUUAUACUUCAUACCUGGUGUUUUCAGAUGACAUUGCCUGGCUCUAAGGGUUUAACUCCUUCCCUUAUCGUCUCCUCGCCCCCAGCUGCUCUACAGGCCAUCCCCGCCACAUAUGCCCCGUACAGUGAAAAGCCUAGGGGCACAUGGAGGGAGGCCUCUACUAGGCACCGAGUGUGUCUCCUGAGCACCCAAGGGCCAUGUGGAAGUACCACGACUCAGGGGUCUUCAGAAUGCAGCCCCGCGUCACAGACACGCGCACCCCCCUCUCCUGGAACAAUAAGCUGGAGCUGUUACCGGAAGAAACCUGUCAGUUUGGAGGAAAAUGAAAUAAAGGUGCUUCUUGGAUGAAAACUAUGA